AUGAGUUGCCCAUACAUGGGAAACGACUUGAAGACACUCGGCAACGACGCCUGGAGGAGAGGAGGCUGUGGGGGGCUGUGGGGUCUCAGACUGGGGAGUGGAGAAAGGAGGCUCAUAGCCAGGGCUGCCACUUCCACGGAGGCGUCCCCAGGUGGCGCUGAGCCGCCCCGAACCCGCCUCAGGUGCCGGGGGACCGUGAGGACAGGCUCCACCGAGGGGUUUCAGCUUCAAGGCAGGGCCAGUCCGGAGCAGGGAGGGAGGGAGGGAGAGAGGGAGCCGUGGGUGCCCCACCGGGGCGGGAUCCGGGAGCGCGGGAUCGUGGGCGCUGGCAGAGGGGCGGGGAGGGAUCCGGCGCGCAGGUGUUGGCCAGAAGGAUCCCAGCAGGAGGGAGGGAGCAAGCAAGGAAGGAGAGCCAGGGUGGGUCGGCUUCGCGCGUGGAUCCUGCUCGCGCUUCCUUUGGGCGUCGCCGUCCGGAGACCCCCUCCCUCGGUGGGGAGGGGAGGGGAGAGAGCCAGGCAGCGUCUGCGGGAGCGUGUCCGCCUCCUUGCGCUCCUUCCUUCCUUCCUUCCUUCCUCGCCCGCCUGCUCCUGCUCGUGCUCGUGCUCCUUCUCCGGCGGGCCUGGCGGGGCGAGGAUGUGGUGGUGGGACGCGCGGGUGGCGGCGCUCUUCCAGCGGCACCUGCAGCCCACGCUGACCUACUGGAGCGUCUUCUUCAGCUUCGGCCUCUGCCUCGCCUUCCUGGGCCCCACGCUGCUGGACCUGCGCUGCCAGACCCAGAGCUCCCUCUCCCAGAUCACCUGGGUCUUCUUCUCGCAGCAGUUCUGCCUCCUCCUCGGAAGCUGCCUGGGGGGCAUCUUCAAGCGGAAGUUGGCCCAUUCUCUGCUUGCCCUCUUUGCAUCAUCGCUUGCUAUCUCGGUGGUUUUUGCCAUCAUCCCCAUCUGCCACAAUGUGGUGGUCCUCGCAGUGGUCAUGGCUGUGGCGGGGCUGGCCAUGGGGUGCAUCGACACACUCUCCAAUAUGCAGCUGGUGAAGAUUUAUCAGAAGGAUUCGGCUGUCUUCCUGCAGGUCCUUCAUUUCUUUGUGGGUUUUGGUGCCCUGUUGAGCCCACUGAUAGCUGACCCGUUUUUGUCAGACACCAAUUGCAUCUUGACAAAUGGCACCGCCACUAGCAACAACAACCUCCCUCACAUCCGAAAGUCCCUGGUCCCCCAUCAUCCUGGGAACCUGUCCAGUUAUGACCUGCCUACCAAAGGACUGGUGGUGACGCGAGUAUCUUAUGCCUUCUGGAUUAUGGCUUUGAUCAAUCUGCCUGUCCCCAUUGCCGUGUUCCUGUUGCUCUACAAGGAAAGGCUGGUGCCGUGCUGUCACAAGAACAGUCCCCCGUUGCUGCCUGCAGAUGAACUGGCCCUGGAAACCCGGGCAGCAGACGGGGAUGAUUCUUCCACUUCCUCGCCAAAACUUCAAACAGAAUUAGGCCAUAAUGAUCUCUUUGGAUGCUGCCAGAGCAAGAACUUCAGAGGAGCUCCUUAUUCUUACUUUGCUGUUCAUGUGACUGGAGCCCUUCUUCUUUUCAUGACUGAUGGAAUCAUGGGGGAGUAUUCUGGUUUUGUGUACAGCUAUGCUGUGGAGGAACCCCUCUCCAUUGGGCACAAGAUGGCCGGCUAUUUGCCUAGUCUCUUUUGGGGUUUCAUCACUUUGGGCAGACUCAUCUCCAUCCCGGUCUCAUACAGGAUGAACCCUGCAACUAUGGUUUUCAUCAAUGUGGUUGGGGUGCUUAUAACAUUCUUCCUGCUACUGAUCUUUUCCUACAGUGUGGUCUUUUUGUUUGUGGGGACUGCCUCUCUUGGCCUGUUUCUUAGCAGUACUUUCCCCAGUGUGCUGGCUUACACUGAAGACAUCCUUCAGUACAAAGGCUGUGCCACUACUGUGUUGGUGACAGGAGCAGGAAUUGGAGAGAUGGUUUUGCAGUUACUGGUUGGGUCGAUCAUUCACGAUCAAGGCAGUUACAGUUUCCUGGUCUGUGGAACCAUAUUUGGAGCCUUGGCCUUUAUUUUCUACAUCUUCCUUCUAUUCUUCCACAGGAUGCACCCACAGCCCCAGUCAGAUAUAGAUCUGUCACCUGACAAGUCACCACCAAUAGCUGAACCUGGACUUUAUCAGAGCUAAAUGAAGCCAUGAGUUUGUAUUUGGAACAAGCACAAUGUCACUCUCCAAUUGAAAGAAUUGCUCUCACCGCCUGUUUUCAAACUACCUGAAUUUUCUACAAUCAAACUUGUUGGUUAUGACUUGUACCCAUCAACCAAUCAUCUGUUACCAGAGAAGGUUCACUGCAGCUGAAACUAAGAGAAAAACUGCAAAAUUCUAGAAGGGCUGAAAAUUUUGAUACAUGAAAGCAUAAACUCCUCUCGUGCAUUACUCUAUGUCCGUCCAGGAGUGCAGGUGGUGGGGAAAAUGUAUUGAUGUCAUUUUACAGGCCUCAAGUGGGAGGUCUCCUGGGUUUUUAUAUUCACUGUAAACAGGAGGCAGCUAUAGUUAGUGGACAUUGUUCCCUCAUUUGGAAAACUAUUUGCUACUGGGGAAUUUUUAAAAGCCCUCUAAUCCCAGGUCUUUGAUACAGAUUAAGAAAAAAAUGCAGUAAAUCGCCAAAUCAAAUUGUAAUAUUGAAAUCUUACUGUUCUCAGAUGGGAUUUUGCUGCGGCCACACAGUGGGAAGUAUAAUAGCUUGAGCUGUGUUGACAUUUCAGAAUUAGCACCUUAGAAUGAAUAAGAUCUGUGGGCUGCCCUAUUAGGCAGAACAGACUAACUCCUGAAGUAUAUGAAACCAAAUGUCAUGUCCUUUCCAUUUGUGCAAUAUAAUAGGUGCCUUCUAGGAGCAGCACUUUUGAGAGGUACUGAAUGUCCAGAUUAUUGUGGUCAUUUUUAUGACUGCUAUAAAUGAAGGUAUUAGGAUAGUCUUAAGAUAGAGCUUUAGCAGAAUUAAGUUGGUUUUGUUGCAAAUGCUGUCCCACAGAUAUACAUGUGUAUGUAUAUAAAGGAAUGUUUUAAUAUUGUUCUCGUCGCAUGAACUCGUGGAGUGACUUUUAAGAUGGGACCUAGCAACUUCACUCAAUCAGAGCUAUUUUUUUCCCAAGAGGCUUGUUGCACUACUAAUUUCAAAAUUGUACAUUUAUACUAAAUUUGUGUUGCCAUUUGGCUUUACAGAUUGCAAUGUUGCAUGGGUAUGCACCCCCAUUUUUGAUUUUCAUGUCAUCCAAGUAAUAUACACCUUCCUUGAUUACAAAGCUUGUGUUUUCUUGGGACCUUAAGUAACAUGGACACUGACUUUUUCUAAGGGACCGUUUGUGCCUACUGGUUGGUGGAGGUUUCAGAUUAAGAUACAGAACCAGGUGGACAUUAAUCAGAUCAGCAAAACAUGGUUUUAUGUGGUAAAACAACUUCAGUAAAGCAGAUGACUGGAGCUAUAGCUGUUAAGAAUGAUGAGGAAUAGGCAGAAGCCGUACUCUGUACUCCAAUGUCUACAAAGAGAAAAAAAGCAUCCUCUGGUUUGCAGCAAACCAUGUCUGCCAUUUUGUGUAAAUCAAUAAAAACAUAUUUCUCCAUAAA